ACAGGUGAGGCAGGUAGGUCUUAGCCAGUUCCAGGCCCCGCAAUUUCCAAACAGAUCAAGGCCAUGGCCAUCCUCGGUUCCACGCUGCUGCCGCUGGGGCUGUUUCCGUGUCUCGUAAUGCUGUUUAUUUCUGCCAGCUCUGCAAAUGACAGUGACAGCUGCCUGCUCUUCAUUCAGAUCGUCCCCACCACUGCUCCAGGCAUCAAGGCUAAUCCAGAUGUCUAUGAAAGCGACACAUUCUACACAAUAUCAGUUCCUGUGAAUAACAAUGUCAGCUCUGUAGUCCUGCGAGCAGUGGACAUGAACAACAACUCAUUAGGCGUAUGGCACAACGCAGACCGGGAUUGCAACAGCAGCAGCUUGUAUCACAUGAAGGACUCACACAGCACACUCCUCAGGGCCUACUGGGAAUCUCCUCAUUCCGCGAACGUAACUGCAGUCAAGAUACAAGCCUUCACUAUCAGUUUCCACAGAAUGGCUACAUUUUCUUCUCUGACACUGAAAAAACGAGCAAUGACCACAACGUCACCCUUCACGAUCUCCACGACCAGGCCACCCAAUACCCGUGUCCUACCCACAACCCGAAUCCUAAACCCAACCUCAACCCUAACCACAAGCAGCAGCGUGGCCAGCGGGAUCUUCCUCAGCCCCAUCGCAGAUGCCCUUCAGAUCCUGCUCGUCUUUCUCACCAGCAAACUCCUCUUCUAGAAGGAAGCUAGGGGAACAAUUGUUCCUGCCUCCGCUGCCCCCUCCUACGUUCUAUUCCACGCCAGUGCUCCAACAUGUGUGUAAAUGAAGGCUUUUUGUUCUCAAAUGUACAACUCUACUGCCACUGCUUUGGACCAAAAAGGAGACUUGGUUGAGGGUAGCCAGUCCACUCACUGGUGAACUUGGGGCACACAGAUAUUCAAGUGGAUCUUUCAGGACACAAAUUAGGCUUUUUGUAAUUGCUGAGAACUGGUCUGGUGUAGCCUGGAAUUCUGGCUCUAGGUUUAUGUUGACAGCC